CAGGGAAAUGGUUGGCUCUCGUGUGUGGGAGGAGUGGUGGGGUAAAGGGUGGGCAGAAGGCACACUUGGAGGCCGAGCCUGGUCAGGGGAACCCUGAGAAGGGACGAGAUGCAAGUACGAUCCGGACCUGCAUUCCACCCCCAAACCCCCAGUCUCCCUUGUCUCCUCUUCCCCUUACCCCCAGGACAGGAACAGGAGAGGAAUUUUCAACAUGGAGAAACUCUGCAAUGAAAAUCAAGGAAUGCCUGAGUACCAAGGAAAGAUGAAAAACAAAGAACAGCCACUGGAUACGGGAAAGCCGGAAGUAGCUUGCAUUCUGGAAGACAAGGAAAAGUUAGAAAAGAAGGGAAAGACAAAUCACAAGGGAAAGACAGAAGGUGAGGAAAUACUAAAAGAUAAGAAAACACCAGAGAGUGAGGGAAAGCCGAAAGAAGAAGAAAAAGCAGAGAGCCAGGGAAAGGCAGAGAGCCAGGGAAAGCCAAAAGAAGAAGGAAAACCAGAGAGCCAGGGAAAGCCAAAAGAAGAAGGACAGCCAGUCAGCGAACCAAGGGCUGCAGGAAAGCACCCAGUUGGGGAUGAUGUACCCAGGAAAGCCAAAAGAAAAACCAACAAGGGGCUGGCUCAGUGCCUUAAGGAAUAUAAGGAGGCCAUACACGAUAUGCAUUUGAGCAAUGAGGAGAUGAUAAGAGAAUUUGACGAGAUGGCUAGGGUGGAGGAUGAGGUGAAGAAAACCAGACAGAAAUUGGGGGGGUUUAUGUGGAUGCAAAAAAGCUUACAGGACCCCUUCCACCCGAGGGGUCCAAGGGAACUCAGGGGUGGCUGCAGGGCCCCACAAAGGGGCUUUGAAGACAUUCCUUUUGUGUAGUGCCCUGGCCGGUAGGUGCCAGGCCCUGUGCUUUAACCUUAGGCUGAUACUUUACUUUAGGUGUCACUCUUGUUACUAGCAGCCUUUUAAUCCAACUACAGUGCUCUGUCUAUCAGUAGGGGAUUUUCACCCAUGUGCAUUGCAAAGACGUUAUGAUUCUUGGAAAAAUAAAGCAGCUUAUAAUAUCA